UCUAACGUAUCAGUCGAUUUUCAUAAUUCUAUAAAGAAAACACUGUGCAACAAAUAUAAUUAAAAACUUAGGAGCGUUCGUAUUUAUAAUUUGUCAAAAUGGAACUACCUGAUUUCGAAGAAAUACUAAAACAAAUAAAAAUAAAUUUUUGGAUAAUUGGAAUACCAUUUAACUAUCCAAAUAUAAAAAUCAGAUACUACUUUUUCUUGAUUGCGCUUAUACUAAUGCUUGUAGCAGAAGUAACAUUUGUUGUAUGCAAGAUGUCUUCUGUAAACUUGUUAGAUUUAACAUUGCUGGCCCCUUGUAUUUGUAUUGGAAUAUUGUCUAUACUUAAAAUAGUAUGUAUUGCCAAUAAAAGACAGAAAAUCUUUAAAUUAGCUGAUUGUUUGGAUAGCUUAUAUGGUGUUAUUUUAAAUAACACUCACAACAAUGAGAUCGUUGGUCCGCAAGUUGCCGGUUUAAAAAAAAUUAUAAAAUAUUUUUUCAUUUUAAAUGGCAUUCUAAUUGCAAUAUAUAAUUUUUCAAAUUUAGCUUUCAUGUUCUAUGAAUAUAUUUCAAAUAAAGAAGUAAGAUAUCAUUUGGCUUAUCCAGUAAUAAUGCCAUUUCGUACGGACAUAUUUUCGACUUGGUUCCUGGUUUUCAUUUUUUCAUCUAUGAAUGGGUACGUUUGCGUCAUUUACUAUACAACGGCUGACGCUUUAUAUUGUAUAUUUACUUCUCAUAUUUGUCAUCAUUUUACUUUGCUAGCUGAAGAAAUUAAAUAUCUUGAUACUAGCAAUGCAGCUAACUUAAAAAAUGUUGUUAAAAAUCAUCAAUACAUAUUAAGAUUGUCCGAAGAUUUGGAAGAUAUUUUCAAUUUACCAAAUUUAUUCACUGUUUUGCUAGGAUCAAUUGAAAUCUGUGUAUUGGGCUUUAAUUUGACGAUGGGUAGCUGGACUCAAUUGCCUGGGUGUAUUUUAUUUCUUCUAUCAGUACUUUUACAAAUACUCAUGAUGAGUUAUUUCGGUGAAAAUAUUACAAGAGAGAGCAAUAAAGUCGGCGAAGCAAUAUAUCUAUGUAAAUGGUACAAAAUGAAUAAAAGAGAAAAGCAGAACAUAUUAAUCAUAAUGACGAGGUCACACAAGCCUGCCAAGUUAACUGCUUACAAAUUUUCUACUAUUUCAUAUGCGAGUUUUAUGAAGAUUAUUAGCACGUCAUGGUCAUACUUUACGAUACUGAAGACAGUUUAUAAAUCGUAAUCAUAAGAAUCCAUUGUAAUUGAUUUUAGAAUAAUAAUUAUACUUUGGCUAUGUAUAAAUGUAAACAAAUCAUUAUUUUUUUGUAAAAUUGUAUGAUAAAAUAAAUAAAAUUUUGCAUUAGGAUGUAAAAAAAGGAUUUUUUUCAAGACAGGGAUUCAUAUGCCAUGAGUAUAAUCCGUUUGAACCAAGUUGCCAUUGAAAAUAUAAUGCAGGUUACUACUUUACCCAUGUCACUGUCAAGUAUUACAUGUUUUACAUAACGCGUAGUACUACAACCUAUAUGCCAACAGUUGUAAACUAAGUUUAAGAAUUGUCUAAGUUUUCUUUAAUAUCUUAAUCUUUAGAUUUGUAUUUAAUAAUAAUAAAUACUUUCAUAUAAUUAAUGUAAAAUUUAUAUAAACAUAUAUAAACGUGAUAUUUAUUUCUUAACAAUUUUUAAUC